AGGACUUCUCUCUCUGUAGGGUUUUUAGUACAAUAAAUAAAUAAGUGCUGCGCAUUUUUCUCCCCCUAAACUCACUGUCUCUCUCUCCAUGUCUGCCUGACCGUAAAUAGUGAAAUUCAAGGUAGGGCGGUUGAAAUUCCCCAAUUCCAGUUCAAUUUUUGAACUUCUUGUCUGCCGAGCUGAGAAACAAGGAAUGUUGUUUGAAACCCUAUCUUUACUCUUGAGCUGGACAAGUUACCAAUUUGCUGAAAAAGUCUAGCUGUCAGCUGGACUCUGCUUUGAAAUGCAAGUGUUUCCUCAUCCCUAACUCGGAACACUUUCGGGGGCAGUCCAGAGAGGUGGAGAGAAUAAAUAAAAGAAAAAUGAAAGGGAACGAGCAUGGAUUAAUAUUGGCAUGUGUGAUUCCUGGGACCUUCUUCUCUGUGCUCUGUUCUGCUUCUUUUACUAUACUGUGGGCUGUCAAUUGGCGACCAUGGAGAAUUUAUAGUUGGAUUAUUGCCAGAAAAUGGCCUGGAAUGAUGCAAGGUCCUCAGCUGGGAAUUUUAUGCAGUCUUAUGUCCCUCACUGCGUGGUUGAUUGUUGUCUCUCCUAUCGUGGUGCUUAUAAUGUGGGGAAGCUGGCUAAUUAUAAUUUUGGGCCGGGACAUAAUUGGUUUGGCUGUGAUAAUGGCUGGUACUGCCCUUCUGUUGGCAUUCUACUCAAUCAUGCUUUGGUGGAGAACACAAUGGCAAAGCUCAAGAGCUGUAGCUGUUCUUCUGUUGUUGGCUGUUGGGUUGCUCUGUGCAUAUGAACUUUGUGCCGUGUAUGUCACAGCCGGUGUUAGUGCAUCUGAGAGAUAUUCACCUUCAGGCUUUUUCUUUGGUGUGUCAGCAAUUGCCUUAGCCAUCAACAUGCUCUUUAUUUGUAGAAUGGUGUUUAACGGUAAUGGCUUAGAUGUUGAUGAGUAUGUGCGGAGGGCUUACAAAUUCUCUUACUCUGACUGUAUUGAAGUGGGUCCAGUUGCUUGCUUACAGGAACCUCCUGAACCUAAUGAGUUAUAUUCCCGAAAAACGAGAAGGGCUUUGCAUCUUGUUCUUCUAUAUCUUGGUUCACUUCUAGUACUACUUGCAUAUUCGGUCUUGUAUGGCCUGACCGCAAAGGAAUCACCCUGGCUUGCGACUAUAACAUCAGCUGCCAUUAUUAUACUUGACUGGAAUACAGGGGCAUGCUUGUAUGGAUUUCAGCUUCUUAGAAACCGUGUCGUUGCACUUUUUGUUGCGGGAGUGUCUCGGGUGUUCCUGAUAUGUUUUGGAGUUCAAUACUGGUAUUUGGGACAUUGCACUAGUUAUGCAGUUGUGGCAUCCGUGCUUCUAGGUGCUGCUGUUUCACGCCACUUAUCUGCUACAGAUCCAUCGGUGGCAAGAAGAGAUGCUUUGCAGAGUACAGUUAUUCGCCUUAGAAAUGGUUUCCGCAGAAAAGAUCAAAGUAGUUCUGCUAGUUCUUCCGAGGGGUGUGGGUCUAGCGUGAAACGCAGUAGCAGUGCAGAUCCUGGUCAUCUUGCUAAUACUACUGUGUCUUGCGCUGGUGAUGUUAAUAGCUGGAAUACUAUUGAGGGCAUCAAUAGUGAUAAGAGUAUGGAUAGCGGAAGGCCUAGUUUAGCAUUGCGUAGUAGUUCAUGCAGAUCAGUCGCUCAAGAGCCUGACCUAGUCUCGUCGUGUGUUGACAAGAAUUUUGAUCGCAACUCUCUGCCAGUAUGCUCAAGUAAUUACAUUGAAAACCAAGGCUGCGAGUCCAGUGCAUCAACUUCCAUAAAUCAGCAAACGAUGGACUUGAAUAUGGCAUUUUCUUUCCAGGAAAAGUUGAAUGAUCCCCGAAUCACCUCAAUAUUAAAGAAGAAGACACGACAAGGAGAUGUUGAACUUACUAAUUUAUUACAAAAUAAAGGACUGGAUCCAAAUUUUUCUGUAAUGCUGAAAGAGAAUGGUUUAGAUCCAAGGAUCCUUGCAUUAUUACAAAGAAGUAGUUUGGAUGCAGAUAGAGAUCACUGUGACAAUACCAAUGCGACUGUCAUUGACUCGAACAGUGUUGACCAUGUGUUUCCUCAUCAAAUUUCUUUUUCUGAAGAGCUCCGACUCCAAGGAUUAGGAAAGUGGCUUCUUUUUUGCAGAAUGGUUUUGCAUCACAUUGUAGGAACUCCGGAAAGAGCAUGGCUUCUUUUUAGUCUAGUCUUCAUCCUUGAAACUGUGGUUGUGGGAAUGGUUCGUCCAAAGACAAUAAACCUUAUAAAUGCUGCACACCAACAGUUUGAAUUUGGUAUUGUGGUGCUGCUUCUGUCUCCUGUCAUAUGCUCAAUACUGGCAUUCGUCCGGUCUCUUCAGCUGGAAGAGCUUGCCAUGACUUCGAAGUCACGCAAGUAUGGGUUUAUUGCUUGGAUGCUGAGCACCUGUGUUGGUUUGCUUCUGUCAUUCCUAAGCAAAUCAUCAGUUCUGCUGGGGUUGUCUUUGAUGGUUCCUUUAAUGGUAGCAUGCCUGUCCUUCGCCAUUCCAAUAUGGGUUCGUAAUGGCUAUCAGUUUUGGGGGUCAAGAGUUGAGAAUGGGGGUGGUGUAGGAGAUCAUCAAACUACAGGGAUGAAACAGGGCGUCGUUCUAUGUAUCUACAUGUCUUUAUUUGCUGGAUCUGUUGUAGCUCUUGGAGCGAUAGUGUCUGCAAAACCAUUAGAUGAUUUAGAAUACAAAGGGUUAACUGGUGAUCAGAGUGGUGUAACCUCUCCUUAUGCAUCAUCUGUUUACCUAGGUUGGGCAAUGGCAUCUGCAAUUGCUCUAUUAGUUAGUGGCUUGCUGCCCAUCAUAUCAUGGUUUGCGACAUACCGGUUCCCUCUUUCAUCUGGUAUUUCUAGUGGCAUAUUUGCAGCUGUUCUUGUGGCGUUUUGUAGUGUUUCCUACUUGAAAGUGGUGAGUUUGAGGGUUGAUCAGGUCCCAACAAAGGAAGAUUUCCUUGCCGCAUUGCUUCCAUUGAUAUGCAUUCCAGCAGUCUUGGCGCUUUCUUCGGGUUUAUUCAAAUGGAAAGAUGAUAACUGGAAACUUUCUCGAGGCGCAUAUAUAUUCAUUACUAUUGGUCUUCUUCUUCUUCUUGGUGCCAUUUCAGCCAUCAUUGUUACAGUUCAUCCCUGGAGGAUAGGAGCAGCAUUCCUCUUAGUUCUGCUCCUCCUUGUACUAGCUAUUGGUGCAAUUCACUUCUGGGCCUCGAAUAAUUUCUAUCUGACAAGAGUGCAGACGCUAGUUGUUUGUUUCCUAGCAUUUCUUGUGGCUUUGGCGGCCUUUCUUGUUGGGUGGUUUCAAGACAAGGCUUUUGUUGGUGCAUCUGUUGGUUACUUCUCAUUUCUUUUCCUUCUAGCUGGAAGAGCAUUGUCUGUGCUACUUUCACCUCCUAUAGUAGUCUAUUCCCCAAGGGUGUUGCCUGUGUAUGUAUAUGAUGCUCAUGCAGAUUGUGGGAAAAACGUCAGUGCUGCAUUUCUUUUGCUCUAUGGGAUUGCAUUAGCUAUUGAAGGCUGGGGUGUAGUUGCCAGUUUGAAAAUCUAUCCACCUUUUGCUGGAGCUGCUGUUUCAGCAAUUACGCUUGUUGUAGCCUUUGGAUUUGCCGUCUCUCGCCCAUGUUUGACCCUAGAGAUGGUUGAAGAUGCUGUUCAAUUUCUUAGCAAGGAAACUGUAGUCCAGGCAAUUUCUCGAUCUGCCACCAAGACAAGAAACGCUUUAUCUGGAACCUACUCUGCUCCCCAGAGGUCUGCCAGCUCAGCUGCUCUUUUGGUUGGGGAUCCUACUGUAAUGAGAGAUAAAGGAGGCAAUUUUGUACUUCCUAGGGCUGAUGUGAUGAAAUUGAGAGAUCGUCUUAGAAAUGAAGAACUAGCUGCUGGAUCCUUUUUUGCUAGACUGAGAAACAGGAAGAUGCGGCACGAAGUUACCACUGGUAUAGGUCACAAAAGAGAAAUGUGUGCUCAUGCCCGUAUACUAGCUUUGGAAGAAGCAAUUGACACUGAAUGGGUUUACAUGUGGGACAAAUUUGGUGGUUAUUUGCUUCUUUUGCUUGGUUUGACUGCUAAAGCUGAACGUGUACAGGAUGAGGUUCGUUUAAGACUUUUCCUUGACAGCAUAGGAUUCUCAGAUCUCAGUGCUAAGGAUAUAAAAAAGUGGCUUCCGGAGGAACGCAGACGAUUUGAACUUGUACAAGAGAGCUAUAUAAGAGAGAAAGAGAUGGAAGAGGAAAUAUUGAUGCAGAGACGUGAAGAGGAAGGAAGGGGCAAAGAAAGGAGGAGGGCUCUUCUGGAGAAGGAAGAGCGCAAAUGGAAGGAGAUAGAAGCUUCCCUUAUGUCAUCUAUUCCCAAUGCUGGCAACAGAGAAGCAGCAGCAGUAGCAGCUGCUGUUCGUGCAGUUGGAGGUGAUUCUGUGCUUGAUGAUUCUUUUGCUCGUGAGAGAGUUUCAAGCAUUGCGCGGCGUAUACGUGCUGCCCAACUAUCUCGUCGAGCACUCCAGACUGGAAUUAGUGGUGCUGUAUGCAUUCUCGAUGAUGAACCAACUACCAGCGGCAGACAUUGUGGCCCUAUUGAUCUCAGUAUUUGUUGCAGUAAAAAAGUUAGCAUUUCUAUUGCUGUUAUGAUGCAGCUUGAGUCUGGACCAGUUUGUCUGUUGGGCUCUGAAUUGCAGAAGAAAAUAUGCUGGGAGUUUCUUGUUGCUGGAUCAGAGCAAGGUAUUGAAGCUGGACAAGUUGGGCUUAGAUUAAUCACCAAGGGUGACAGACAAACAACAGUCUCAAAGGAGUGGAGUGUAGGUGCUAGUAAUGUUGCUGAUGGAAGGUGGCAUAUAAUUACAAUUACUGUAGAUGCUGAUGUAGGUGAAGUGGCUUGCUAUCUAGAUGGUAAUUUUGAUGGCUACCAAACAGGGCUACCACUGCACAUUGGUAGUUGCGUAUGGGAGCAAGGGACAGAAGUUUGGGUGGGAAUAAGGCCACCUAUUGAUCUUGAUGCAUUCGGGAGAACAGACAGUGAAGGACCUGAUUCUAAGAUGCAGAUAAUGGAUGUAUUUCUUUGGGGAAGGUGCUUAACUGAUGAUGAGAUUGCCACUAUUCCUGGUGCAAUAGGUUCUGCCGAGUAUAAUAUGAUCAAUCUACCAGAUGAUAAUUGGCAAUGGGCAGAAUCUCCAAUCAGGGUCGAUGACUGGGAGAGUGAUCCUGCAGAUGUUGAUCUUUAUGAUAGAGAUGAUGUGGAUUGGGAUGGACAAUAUUCUAGUGGGAGGAAGAGAAGAUCUGAACGGGAUGGGGUUGCAUUGGACAUCGAUUCUUUUACUAGAAGGUUGAGGAAACCUUCAUUGGAGACUCAGGAAGAAAUGAAUCAACGCAUGCUCUCAGUUGAGGUGGCUGUGAAGGAGGCUCUAUUGGCAAGAGGAGAAUCCCAGUUUACAGAUCAAGAGUUCCCUCCAAGCGACCGCUCAUUAUUUGUCGAUCCAGAUAACCCCCCUUCAAAACUGCAGGUUGUUGCUGCGUGGAUGAGACCCAUUGAAAUAGUCAAAGAAAAACGGUUUGUUUCUGGCCCAUGCCUGUUUUCUGGAGCCGCAAAUUCUUCAGACGUUUGCCAGGGACGGCUGGGUGAUUGUUGGUUUCUGAGUGCUGUUGCUGUUUUAACGGAGGUUUCACGAAUAUCAGAAGUCAUAAUUACACCUGAAUACAAUGAGGAAGGAAUCUAUACAGUUCGGUUCUGUAUCCAGGGCGAAUGGGUUCCUGUUGUUAUUGAUGAUUGGAUUCCCUGCGAGUCACCUGGUAAACCAGCAUUUGCCACCAGCAAGAAGGGAAAUGAAAUGUGGGUCUCUAUCUUGGAGAAAGCAUAUGCGAAGCUUCAUGGUUCGUAUGAGGCAUUAGAAGGCGGGCUUGUCCAAGAUGCUCUUGUUGAUCUAACUGGAGGUGCCGGUGAGGAAAUAGAUAUGAGAAGUUCAGAAGCACAGAUAGAUCUUGCUAGUGGAAGGUUAUGGUCUCAAGUGUUGCGCUUCAAACAAGAAGGUUUUCUGCUUGGCGCUGGUAGCCCUUCAGGUUCAGACGUGCAUAUUUCUUCGAGUGGCAUUGUUCAAGGGCAUGCCUACUCAAUAUUACAGGUACGAGAAGUAGAUGGCUAUAAACUUGUUCAAAUCCGAAAUCCAUGGGCAAAUGAGGUUGAGUGGAAUGGCCCUUGGUCUGAUUCAUCACCUGAAUGGACAGACAGGAUGAGACACAAGCUUAAACAUAUUCCCCAGGCAAAAGAUGGCAUAUUUUGGAUGUCUUGGCAAGAUUUUCAAAUACACUUCAGGUCAAUAUAUGUUUGUCGUGUGUACCCUCCAGAAAUGCGCUAUUCUGUUCACGGACAGUGGCGGGGCUGUAGUGCAGGCGGAUGCCAGGAUUAUGAUACAUGGCAUCAGAACCCACAGUUCCGUCUGAGAGCCAGAGGGCCCGAUGCUUCUUUACCCAUUCAUGUUUUCAUUACCUUAACUCAGGGCGUGAGCUUCUCGAGGACGACUGCUGGUUUCAGAAAUUAUCAGUCAAGCCACGAUUCCAUGAUGUUCUACAUUGGCAUGAGGAUUCUAAAGACCCGUGGCCGGCGUGCUGCCUACAACAUUUACUUGCAUGAAUCUGUUGGUGGGACUGAUUACGUAAACUCUCGAGAAAUUUCAUGUGAGAUGGUGUUAGAACCUGAUCCAAAAGGUUACACUAUUGUGCCCACAACCAUACACCCUGGUGAAGAGGCACCUUUUGUACUUACUGUUUUUACAAAGGCCUCAGUUUUACUUGAAGCUUUAUAGAUUGCACCAUCCAGUCAUCAGUUUUGGUUCAGAGUACAUCAUCUCUAAGAAGAGUUUACUUGGUAUGUAUGUCCCUGUGCAUUUCACAUCCGGCGGCGGUUAAUGACAAAUAGGUGACAAACUACAAGGUGUAAUUGAAGACAGGCAUGCGACAGCCACUGGUGUAAUUUUAUCUCACCACUAAGUGAGCUGAGAAAGCCACACUUCUCAUGUCAAUAUGUAUUAGGGCUGCUGCUCUCCAAGCACAGAAAAGGUGAGACACAAAAAGGAUUUCACACAGAAAAGGUGAGACACAAAAAGGAUUUCAGAGCUUUCCUUUUCUGUUUCUGUCAAAUUGAAGCUCUCUAGAAGACAGUCUUGGGCAUGCUAAGUUGUGUACAUGAGUAGUUGCUGUAAGAAUGUAGGAUCUGACCGUGUAAAUGAAGAGUGACAAGAGAAAAAACAGGACUUUUACUCAAAGGGUAGGAAUGUUAGCAUUAGAGUGCCUUAUUGGUAGCACAUAGGGUUAAUAUUGUUGAAUUUGAGUUGCUUUUUUUAGCAGCAAUUUUGAAAUCAUGUAAUGAAAUUUCUUUGUAAAGUUGAUAGUUAUUGUUUUAAUAUAAGGCAUUUGUCAAUUCUGAUAUCUUACUACUAAUAACAAAAUCAAUCAUUAUUUUUGAAUGCCAUUAUGGCAUUAUGUCUGUUGGUACAUAAGAUUUAACUUCUGUUGUAU